AAGGUGGUGGUGGUGGGAGGGGGUGCUGCCGCUGACGGUGAAAGAGCCACUGAGAUUCUGAGCGGUGCAAGCAGAAUCAGGGUUGAGUUUUGGAACCAAAUGAGCUGGACAAAGGCAGCAAGUGUUUUCUAGGAGAUAUGCAUAAAACCAAGCCAACAUCAAUUCCCACUUAUUGUUUCUCUGCACUUUACCAAAUCCCAAAAGCUAUUACUUGGAUUCUUGGUGAUUGAUAAGGAAGAUAGGUUGAAGCUUAAGGUCACAUUUCAAGAUCCGGCUUGAAGAUGGGGGUUCUGCAACAGAAUUUUCAUGGUGCCAAGAAAUUGACUUUUCAAUUUCAAGACCAGGAUUCUUCUUCAACUCAGUCAACUGGUCAAUCUUACCCGCAAGUAGCUAACAUUGGAGAAGGAUUAAAUGACAUUUAUGGGAAGGCUGAGGGAGGCCACACCAAAUUAGCGCCAUCAAUGGGAACUCAGGAUUUUAUCUUCCCUUCACAAGUUGACUACAGCCAGUCCAUUGCUCGCUUUCCUGUCCAUUUCGUGGAACCGUACUUUGGUGGCUUACUAGCUGCUUAUGGACAACAGGCAAUGAUUCAUCAUCCUCAUAUGUAUGGAAUGGCUUCUUCUCGGGUGCCACUACCUCCUGAACUUACAAAAGAUGAGCCCAUUUUUGUCAAUGCAAAGCAGUACAAUGCAAUUCUCAGGAGGAGACGUUACCGUGCCAAGCUUGAGGCUCAAAACAAACUCAUCAAAACUCGUAAGCCAUAUCUUCAUGAAUCUCGGCACCUUCAUGCACUGAAGAGGGCUAGGGGCUGUGGUGGACGCUUUCUUAAUGUGAAAAAGCAUGUCGACUCCGAUAAGGCAACAGGCUCUGCCGAGCUUCAUUCGGCUGGAAAUAUGUCAGAAUCUGAAGUUCAUCAGCCAGAGAAUCACAGAGAUGGUGCUUCCACCCCUUCUUGCUCAGACAUCACAAGUGCAUCCAACAGCGACGACAUCUUCCAGCAGCCAGAAUUCAUGUUCUCUGGGUACCAUUCUCACAUUGUGGGGACCAUGCAAGGACGCUGAGUCGGUAUGCGGAGGCAUACAACAAAUCUCGUACGCUCCUUGAUCGGCAAUAAUCUGAAGAGUUGCUUAUGUUCCCUUGGGAAGUCAUCCUUGGCUCAGUUAGUCUGCAUUUAGUUUGUUUCAUUGCAUGCAAGCUUAUUUUGGAAUAGUAGUGAUCUGACUAGACGCAUCUGUAUUUUGUGGUUGCAUGUACUUUUGUUCUAACACUUGCACUAAUGUAUGGGUGGAGCUCUGCAUAUUUGUCCAUUUCA